AUGCAGAACGAGAGUUCGGAAGAUGGCAGUGCACCUCCACUUCCUCCUCCGAAAAUACCGCCCAGAACACAUCCGAUUCAUUUGAGAAAUCGUCUGAAACUACAGUAUAUUCGUCAAUCAUUGUUACCUGAUACAGAAUCACAUAUGGAUGACGUGGCAGAAUGUCAUAGCAGAAAAGCAUCGUCAGUUGGAUUUGUGGAGAUUGACGAUUUGAUGAAAUUUCAGGAAGAGUACAAAUCCCGAUCCUCCACUGGCUUUUAUUGUUCCAUUCGCAAUCUAUUUUCAACUGGAAACUCUCCGACCUCCGCCACGUCAUCAUCUAUUCCGGAUUCCCAUAUCAAUCCAAUGUUUGCUUCUCACAAAUGUUCGUUUUCAAGAAGUUUCACUCAUCUACCGUAUCCUCCGAAGAAGAAACGAAAAAGUCAUUUGAGAAGAGUCUUCUCUUGUUUUUCCAUUUUCAAGAAUUAG